AUGGUUCAACUACACGAAGAGUCCUUACUUCGAAAGAAGGGUGCGGUGGGCGAUGGGAGUGUAUAUGACAUGAAACGGAAAGGUAUCGAUUCAAACGAAGACGACUUUUUCCUUAUCGGACCUAGUAACGAAAGGUUCGCGCAUUUGAUAGCCUAUCGCAAUCGGUUGAAGCAUCGCAUGCAUGGCCAGUAUCCGUCAUUGAAUGAUACAUCCACACAGUUUGGACCGAGUGCUCAGCAAACAACAUGCGUGAAGAAAACGCAGGUGCAAAACACGGCCGCUGGCCGACGCAACGAAGCCACGCAAACGGAGGGCCCACGUGCAGCGUUGGAAAUGGAAAUACAUCGCAUUCGCGAAGAUUUAGAACGGAGAAAACGUGGAUUAAGAAAUGAGGCUAAGAACACGGAUAAACGAGAAAAACAUGAACGACGAGAGGACAGAACAAAAGCACAUUCUUCAGCUAUGGAGCAAACUCAAAAUGAAAGACACAUACAAAGACCAAAAACUUCUAAAAUGACAACCGAUGUGACAAUGUAUCAAAGUAUGUCCCCACCAAUGCGACGACAGCAUUCGUUUAGUGCUCGUACACAACGCGGUCUAUCGGAAUAUCAGUGGGCAUACAGGACUCCGGAAAAGUCUUAUUACAUCAGGCCUAGUCGAUCGGUUGAGAAUAUUGGGAAUCAAAGCUCGACCCACUUCGAACCACGGAUCGCAGUCAUUGACUAUGAAACUGAGUAUCAACACGAGUACAAACCGUUCAAAUACGUGACAGAGGAGAACCUUAAAUCCACAUGCGUAACGAACGAAGCAAAGAUACACGUGGUGCCGUUGCCUAGAUCAAGAUCCGCCAUUGCAUUCAAACGAUGGAGCCAUCAGCCAGACACUCGACAAACAGGAAAAAUUGCCCCUACACCGCAUGAAGAAAAAAGAGAAAACCGAAAAACACCAAGACGGCGUCAUUUGUCAGAAAGCAGUGCCAAAUAUCGCGACUAUUCUGAUCCGAAAAAGAUAGGACAGUGGUUGCGCGAAUUUGCGGAACUGCGACAGCAAGCAGAGUCGUACUGUAGCAGAGAACGCGGAUCGCAUUUUACCCGAGACCACUUGGCGCAACUGGACUCUACCUAUGUGAAGUGUUGGGACGACGUGAAUAGCGAACGAUGUCCCGAAAAUUGCAUAAUAAACCGAACAACAUCCCCUAACUCGCAGACGGGUAAAAUCGAAGGAGCCGGCAAUCUUCAAUGCUAG